AAAACAUUUCAUCCUGGUUCAGUUAGUUGGUGAUGUGAUUAUUCUAGUUUUUCUAUUGUUGCACUCAUUUGUAUUUUUUCGUGUUUUGAUAUUUUGGACUGAUGAUUUAAUUAUAUAAUUAAAAUCCUAAUGAUGGAUUCAUCUGAUAAUAGAAGCUGCGGACCUGAUGAUCUUGAAUUGCCAGCAGCUAAAAAGAUAUGUCUAGAAAAUAAUGAUGUUAGUAAUACUUCUCGGGAUAACAGCAUUUUAUCAGACAGUACCCUAAAUUUAGGGAACCUCUUUUCACCUAGGCAGUCGCUCAGCAGUUGCAGUUUUAAUGAUGGAGUUGAUAAUACAGUUUCUCUACCCAUUCCUAGUAAUCCAAUUACUGAUGAAGAUAAAAUUGUUAAUGAAGAUGAAAACAACGUUUUCGAUUUUUCUUCAUCUGAAAUGGAUAAAAAAUCAGAUAUAUCCACUGUCAUGUCAGAUUUAAAUAAUACUCCCUCAUGUGUCAAAAUAAUUGAAGAUAAUAAAAACAAUUGUUCUUCCGAAUCUAAAUUAAAUGCUAGCAAUUUAUCCACCAAGGCAUUUAAUAUUGAUGAAUCCCUUGACUUUAUGGAUGAAACAUGCCUUGACAAUCAUUCAGAUGACUGCAAGGGAAAUUUAGUGUCAAUGGAAGUGAAAUCUCUGACAGAUCUGGCUGAAAAAAAUGAUAAAACUACAAUGAAUAUUCCUAGUGUGGAAAAUUGUAUUACUGAAGACUGUAUUAACUUAAUGACAAAAUCUGAUGGUAAUUGUUCAAGUCAACUUGAAGUUACUCUUGAUUAUACUUGUAAACCUGAGGUGAUGGGUGGGGAAACACAAGUUUUAUGUCAAUCCACCAUUACAAAAGAUGCUAUAUCUGCAAGAUGUACAUUGUUUUUAGACCCAUCAUUGACUUCUAUGUCUAUAGAUGAGUCUUUAGUUAGUGGUAUGAAUACAAUCCCUUGCCAACCUACUCAAGAAUUCAGCUCAGAUUCGGUAUUAAAAAUGCCUUCAAUGGAACAAAUUAACUUUGAUGAUAGUGACUGUGAAAAAAUAUCCAAUAAUUCUAAUUCUACUAAUUUAUUUAAUGAGGUGAGUGGAUGUGCUUUAGAUUAUACAUGCUCAAAAUCUGUUUGUUUUGAUUUUAAUGAAACUUCUACUGAAGGUACCUUAACAAAUAAAGUUUCAGAAAAAACUAUUAAUGCCAUUCUUGAAUGUUCCGACAUUGGACAUCAGGAUAUAAAUAAGUCUAAUUCAGUAAUGAUGGGAUGUGAAAACCUUCUAACAGAAAACAAUGUGAAUAUAAAGGAUAAGAAUUACCUGAAUUCGACAGAAAAUAAUGUACCUGAUCCUGAUAAUCCAAUUUAUGAUCUGUCAGAUCUUAAAAAUUCUUUUAUGUUAAAUAAAACUUUUUCAGCUGAAGAAGUUAACUUUUUGAAAGAAAAUCUGUUAAAAGUAAUGGAGCUGCUCAAAAUUGACAACAUCAGUUUUGAAUCUUAUAAAUUGGCUUCUGAAUGUGAAAAGCGCGAGUUAUUGGAAAGAAUCAGGUAUCUUGAAUCUAAUUCGACCAGACAUCUUGAAUCCUCUACUGAUAUUUCAUCCUCUCAAAAAACAAGUCAAGAUGGAAAGAAUGAUCAGUCUGGAAAUUGUUCUAUGAUAUAUGAAGAGCUUUCUAAAACCCGUUUGCAGUAUAAUGAUUUACUACAAUUAGUCCUUGUAACUGAAGCUAGUUGGAGAGAGAACAAGUUAUUAAUUGAUUUUCUCAGCGAUCUUAACAUAAGUCAUAAUGAAUUAUUUAUACCAUUAAUAGAUGAGAGUAACGGAUAUAUAAUUAAUCAUAAAAAAAUUUAUGAUCUUAUGCUAUCCCUUUCGAAAGAAAUAGUCAAAAGUAAUUCAUUUAAAAAAGAAUGCUAUGACAUUUUAACAACAUUUAUUGAGAGUUCUAAAACUAAUGAAAGUAGAUUGUCCUUCAUUCCAAAAGAAUGCGAGAAUGAUUUAGUAGGUAAUUUAAAAACUACUUUUGAAGAAAUUUUGAACAAUAUCAACUGCUUAGAGAAAGAAAAUUCUGCAUUGAAAUUAGAGAUUGGUAAUAUGUCUAAUGAAAUUAGAAGUUUAAGUUCAACUAUUGAAAACUUAAAUCACCAAUUAAAUAUUACUAAAGAAAACUCUGUUAUAUCUGCAGAUAUAAUUGUUAAGGAUAAAUGCAAUAAUGCAAUGGAAACAACCCACAAUUUAUCAAAUGAAGUAGCAGACAAGUUUAGCAUUCAUGACAGUUUCAGUGAAUCUAAUACCAAAAUUACAGAAAUGAAGGAUUCAGUUGCUGCAUUAAAGAAGGCUUUAUCGCUCAGUGAAGAAAAUUAUAAUAAUGUAUCAUUUAAAUGUGAAAAGUAUGAAAUUGAAUUGAAAAAGAUGCGUGAAGUUGAACAUGCUUACCAAGAAUUACUAUUGCAUCACAAUGUUUUAAAAACAGAAAUUGAUUCUAAAUAUUGUGAAAUUGAAAACUUAAAUGCAGAAAACAAACACUUAAUUGAGCUAAAGACAAGAUUUGAAACUGCUCAUAAUUCAUCAAUAAAAAUUGGAGAUAACGACAACGAAAUACUGGUCACUUAUGACGACCAGACUAGUAAGGAUUUAUCUUUGAAUAAUGUUGAAAUACCAUCAUUUACCAAUGACCGAGAAAAUAUAAUGAAUGAAUUUAAAAUGAGUCAAAACAAUGCAUCGAUAAAAGAGGACUUGGUUGAAUUGCAAGAAAAUCAUGAUUGUUUAAAGACCCAAUUUGUUUCAUCAAAAGAUGAAAUUUUGAAAUUGCAGUCAGAUUUAAGUAGUCUAAAUGAAAAAUAUACAGAGGUACUUUCUAUUUUUGAUCUCUAUAAACAAAAAUAUACCUAUACAGAAGAAGAAUUUUAUUUAGAGAAAGAAGAAAAACGUUCAUUAGAGCGUGAAUUAGAUUCUCUUAAAUCUCAACUAGAAAAUGCUCUGGAAGAAUCCUCUAGGCUGAAAAAUGACAAUGAGAUAAUUAACAACAAAAUUGAAAAUUUAGUGGUUCAGUUAUCAGAUUUAGAAACAGCAAAUUCCAAUUUGGAAACUCAAUUGAGUGGCAUGCACAGUGAUUCAGAUAAUAAUGUAGGGUUAUUGACUAAUGAAAUUAGUGAGCUGAAAGUAAAACUUGAUUCUAUGGAAAAGUUAUUGUUGGAUCAUGAAGAGAAACAAAAUGAAUUGAAGUUAUCUUAUGACAAAGUAUGUGAAGAUUUGGAGUCUAAGAAGUCACACAUUUCAUUACUUACUGAUAAUAAAGAAAAGUUGGAAAAAGAAUUGGAAAUAUUUAGUCUGAAUGACACAUUAUUGAAGCAGAGGAUGGAAGAGUUAGAAGAAAAUCGGAAUUGUUUAGAAACCCAAAUACAUUCAUCAAAAAAUGAAAUUUCCAAAUUACAGUUUGAUUUUAAUUGUCUAAAUGAAAUGUAUUCUGAGCUUAGUUCUAAUUUUGAUGUAUAUAAACAAAAAUAUACCUUCACAGAAGAUGAAUCCAUUUUAUGGAAAGAAGAAAAACAAUCUAUGAAAUUUGAAUUAGAUUCUCUUAAAUCUCAACUAGAAAGUGCUUUAGAAGAAUCCUCAAAGCAUAAAAGUGAUAAUGAGAUAAUGAACACCAAAAUUGAAGAUUUACUGGUUCAGUUAUCAGAUUUAGAAACUGCUAAUGACAUUUUAAAAACUGAAUUGAGUGGCAUGCACAGUGAUUCAAAUCAUAAUGCAGAUUUAUUAAAUAAUGAAAUUAGUGAGCUAAAAGUAAAACUUGAUUCUACUGAAAAGAUGUUAUUGGAUAAUGAAGAGAAACAUAUUGAAUUAAAGGUAUCCUAUGACAAAAUAUGUGAGGAUUUGGAGUCAAAAAACUUGGAUCUUUCUUUAGUCACCGACACUAAUGAGAAGUUGGAAAAAGAUUUGGAAAUGUAUAGUCAGAAUGACACAUUAUUGAAGCAAAAGAUAGAAGAAUUGCAAGCAAAUUGUGAUAAUUUGGAGGUCCAAUUACUUUCAUCAAAAGAAGAAUUUUCUAAAUUACAAUCAAGUUUAAAUUUUAUAAAGGAAAAACAUACAGAGGUUUCGACAAAUUUCGAUCUUCAUAAAGAAAAAUAUAUUUUCACAGAAGAUGAACUUAUUUCAUGGAAACAAGAAAAACAGUCUUUGAAAUGUGAAUUGGAAUCUCUUCAAUCUAAACUGGGAAGUGCACUAGAAGAAUCAACAAAAUUGAAAUUUGAUAAUGAAGAAAUAAACAACAACUUUAAGAAUCUUGAAAACCAAUUAUGUAAUGAAAAACAAAAUUGCAAAGAUAUACAGGAAUCUUAUCAAAAUCUGAAAACAAAAUACGAAGAAUCUAUUGUUGAAAUAAAUAAUAAGACUAUUGAAUUGCAAAGUUUGUUGACACAAUUAUCAGAUAUAGAAACAAUUAAUGCAAGUUUGAAAACUCAAAUUAGUUGCAUCAGUGAGUCAGAUUAUAAUAUAGAUUUAUUAAAUAAUGAAAUAAUUGAACUAAAAAAAAAAUUAGGUUCGACUGAAAAGUUAGUAGUAGACAAUGAAGAGAAAUAUAGUGAAUUUAAGAUAACAUAUGAUAAAGUAUGUGAAGAUUUGGAGUCCAAAAACUCAGAUCUUUCUUUACUUACUGACGCUAAAGAGAAGUUGGAAAAAGAACUGGAAAUAUAUAGUCAGAAUGACAUUUUAUUGAAGCAAAAGAUAAAAGAAUUGCAAGAAAAUCGAGAUUGUUUAGAGACCCAAUUACUUUCAUCAAAAGAUGAUAUUUCUAAAUUACAGUUGGAUUUUAAUUGUCUAAAUGAAAAGUAUUCUGAGCUGAUUUCUAAUUUUGAUCUAUUUAAGCAAAAAUACACUUUCACAGAAGAUGAAUCUAUUUUAUGGAAAGAAGAAAAACAAUCUUUGGAAUGUGAAUUAGAUUCUCUUAAAUCCCAACUAGAAAGUGCUCUAGAAGAGUCGUCAAAAUUGAAAUGUCAUAAUGAGGAAAUCAGCAACAAUUUGAUGAAUAUGGAAGACCAAUUAUCUAGUGAAAAACAAAGUAGCAAAGAUAUUCAAAAUUCUUACGACAAUCUAAAAAUAAAAUAUGAAGAUUCUGUUGUUGAAAUAAAUAAUAAGACCACAGAAAUUCAGAAUUUACUGGCUCAGUUAUCAGAUUUAGAAACAUCUAAUGGAAAUCUGAAAAAUGAAUUGAAUAGCGUCCGUAGUGAAUCCGAGAAUAACAGAGAUUUAUUAAAUAAUGAAAUAAUAGAACUAAAUAAAAAAUUAGAUGUUACUGAGAAGUUAGUAAUGUGUAAUGAAGAGAAACACAAUGAAUUAAAGGUCUCUUAUGACAGAGUUUGUGAGGAUUUGGAGUCCAAAAACUCAGAUCUUUCUUUACUUACUGACACUAAAGAGAAAUUGGAAAAAGAACUGGAAAUAUACAGUCAGAAUGACACAUUAUUGCAGCAAAAGAUAAAAGAAUUGCAAGAAAAUCGAGAUUGUUUAGAGACCCAAUUACUUUCAUCAAAAGAUGAUGUUUCUAAAUUACAAUUGGAUUUUAAUUGUCUAAAUGAAAAAUAUUCUGAGCUUAUUUCUAAUUUUGAAGUAUAUAAGAAAAAAUAUACUUUCACAGAAGAUGAAUCUAUUUUAUGGAAAGAAGAAAAACAAUCUUUGGAAUGUGAAUUGAAUUCUGUUCAAUCUCAAUUGGAGAGUGCUCUAGAAGAAUCAACAAAAUUGAAAUGUGAUAAUGAAGAAAUUAACAACAAUUUUAAGAAUCUUGAAAACCAAUUAUAUAAUGAAAAACAAAGUAGCAAAGUUAUUCAAGAAUCUUAUGAAAAUCUGAAAAAAAAAUAUGAAGAAUCUAUUGUUGAUAUAAAUAAUAAGACUAUCGAAUUGCAAAGUUUGCUAGCUCAGUUAUCAGAUUUAGAAACAACUAAUGCAAACUUGAAAAUAGAACUUACUAACUUUUUCAACAAUGCAGACAUUAAUACAGGAUUGUUGAAUAAUGAAAUAAGCGAACUAAAAUUAAAAUUAGAUUCAACAGAGAAGUUAUUAAUAGACUAUAGAGAGAAACACAAUGAAUUAAAGAUCACGUAUGACAAAGUAUGUGAAGAUUUGAAAUCCAAAAACUCAGAUCUUUCUUUACUUACUGAUGCUAAAGAGAAGUUAGAAAAAGAAUUGGAAAUAUAUAGUCAGAAUGACAUUUUAUUGAAACAAAAGAUAGAAGAAUUGCAAGAAAAUCGAGAUUGUUUAGAGACCCAAUUACUUUCAUCAAAAGAUAGUGUUUCUAAAUUACAGUUGGAUUUUAAUUGUCUAAAUGAAAAGUAUUCUGAGCUAAUUUCUAAUUUUGAUCUAUAUAAGCAAAAAUACACUUUCACAGAAGAUGAAUCUAUUUUAUGGAAAGAAGAAAAACAAUCUUUGGAAUGUGAAUUAAAUUCUCUUAAUUCUCAACUAGAAAGUGCUCUAGAAGAGUCAUCAAAAUUGAAAUGUCAUAAUGAGGAAAUCAGCAACAAUUUGAUGAAUAUGGAAGACCAAUUAUAUAGUGAAAAACAAAGUAGUAAAGAUAUUCAAAAUUCUUACGACAAUCUAAAAAUAAAAUAUGAAGAUUCUGUUGUUGAAAUAAAUAAUAAGACCACAGAAAUUCAGAAUUUACUGGCUCAGUUAUUAGAUUUAGAAACAUCCAAUGGAAAUCUGAAAAAUGAAUUGAAUAGCGUCCGUAGUGAAUCCGAGAAUAACAGAGAUUUAUUAAAUAAUGAAAUAAUAGAACUAAAUAAAAAAUUAGAUGUUACUGAGAAGUUAGUAAUGUGUAAUGAAGAGAAACACAAUGAAUUAAAGGUCUCUUAUGACAGAGUUUGUGAGGAUUUGGAGUCCAAAAACUCAGAUCUUUCUUUACUUACUGACACUAAAGAGAAGUUGGAAAAAGAACUGGAAAUAUACAGUCAGAAUGACACGUUAUUGAAGCAAAAGAUAGAAGUAUUGCAAGAAAAUCGAGAUUGUUUAGAGACCCAAUUACUUUCAUCAAAAGAUGAUGUUUCUAAAUUACAGUUGGAUUUUAAUUGUCUAAGUGAAAAGUAUUCUGAGCUUAUUUCUAAUUUUGAUCUAUAUAAGCAAAAAUACACUUUCACAGAAGAUGAAUCUAUUUUAUGGAAAGAAGAAAAACAAGCUUUGGAAUGUAAAUUGGAUUCUGUUCAAUCUCAACUGGGAAGUGUUCUUGAAGAAUUGCAAACCCUUAAAUCUGAUUAUGAGGAAACCAGUGAGAAUUUGAAAAAUGUUGAAAACCAGUUGUGUGAUGAGAAACAAAGUUGUAGGAAUAUUGAAAGUUCACUUGAGAACUUAAAAAAAGAAUUCCUUGAGUUAAAUAGAAAGUAUGAAGCUUCUGAGAAAUGUUUAAUUGAUCUACAAGAGAAGCACAAUGAAUUGAAGGUUUCUUCUGAUCUGAUUUGUGAGGCUCUUGAAUCAAAAAAGACAGAGUAUUCAUUGCUUACUAAUUGUAAAGAACAGUUGGAGAAAGAAAUUGAUACCCUAAGUCAAACUAAUUUAUCAUUAAAGCAAAAAUUAAAAGAUGUAGAAAAAUAUGAAGAAUGCCAUCAAAAAGAAAUGUUGGAUUUUAAAUUUCAAUUAGAUAGUGCCAAUUCAAAAAUUGACUGCAUGAAAAACAUAGAAAUGCAGGUUGAUCUAUUGAAGAAAGAAUAUGAUAUUUUGUCAUUGUACCAUACGCAAAAUAAGGAAAUAUGUGGUGAACAACCUUUUUGUUUGUUUUCCGAAUUUAUUAAUACUGUUAAAGCAGUAAUUAAAGACUUAAUUUUUUUUAAAUCAAAAUGUUCAGAAGAAGAAACUAAAUUAUCAAGUUCUCAGGAAGAAGUUUCUCGUCUUAAUGUUUUAUUAGAUUCUUUGAAAGAGGAAAUAAAAGUAUCAACAGAAGAGUCAGUUAAAUUACAAGAGAAUUAUUCUUCUCUAUCUAAACAGUAUAACAGUUUGUUGGAUUCUAGUCAAGAUUCAAAUAUUAGAUGUAACUCACUUUUAGAAAAAUUAAAAGAGCUUGAAAGUCAAAAUAGUUUAUGUAAAUCAGCUAUACAAGAUUUAAAAUCAGAAGUUAGUACUAAGGAAUCCGUCAUUGUAAGUCUUUCUAACAUAAAAGAAUUAUAUGAAUCUACUGCUAAAGAAAAUAAAGCUUUAUCUUCUCAAUUGAUGCAAAAGAUCGAAGAAUAUGAAACUGCAUUAGAUAAGAUAAAAAAUUCAGAACAAAAAUAUGUAUCUCUAGAGCUGGAAUAUAACACAUUGGAAAGUGAAAUAAAUGAUUUAAGGAAUAAAAAUUUAACAUUAGAAUUGAAAUGCAGUGAAAAUUAUGCAUUGUAUAUUAGUGGUAAAGAUAAUAUUGAAAGCUUACAAAAAGAAAAGGAAGAAAUUAGGAAGAACUUCAUUAAGUGUGAAAAGGACUAUCAGAAUUCUUUAGAUUUGGUAAAAAAAUGCCAAGAAAAUAUGGGAAAUUUAGAUAAGCAGUACAAUUUGAGUAUUGCCAAAUUAAAUGUAAUUCUGAAAGAAAAAGAAAGUUAUGAAAGCCAAAACUUAAGUUUACAAAAGAUAAAUGAUGAAUUGGUAAAUCGUAUCAAAGAACUGAAUUUUAAAUGCCAAGAAAACGAGAAUGUGUUAACAAAAUUUAAAGAAUUGGAGAAAUCUUAUGAAAUAGUUAGUAACAAACACCAAUCUUUAGCAAAACAGUUGAUUGAUUAUGGAAAUUUAAAGAGUGAAAAUGAAAUUUUGAAAUCCCGCAUUAGUGAAAGAGAUUCUUUUUUUAAUAAUUUAUCAAUUAACUAUAAUGAACUUAAUGAGAAGUACAAUUCAUUAUCUGAUGAAUUAAAAAAAUUGUCUGCUGCAGUUUUGGCAUUGGUUCCUGGUGAAAAUUCAGCUAUGGAAAUAAUUAAGGUUAUAGGUGAGAAACUACAAGGUAUAAAGAAAAUUGAAAUUGAUUUGCAAGAAGAAAAAAUUAAAUGUGAAAAUCUGGAUGAAGAGUGUAAUCUAUUAAAUGAAGAUUUAAAGUACAAAGAUGUAGUCAUUGGAGACAUGUACAAGGACCAUUCCUCAAAAAUGAAUGAGUUACAGGAAUUAUUAAAGAAAGAAGAAAAUCUGCGACAAGAAAUCUUGCUUGAAAAUUCAACAUUAAAGGACAAAAUCAAAUGUUUAGAUUCAGAAAUCUUCAAAUUAAAAACUACCGAACAGAGUGCAUGUUCUUCAUGUGCAGAAUUAAAAGGUGUUUUACAAAAGCUGAAAAUGGAUCUUGUAGAUAAUAGCUCUAAAGUCACUACACUGCAGUUGCAGAUUGAGGAGAAUGAGAUUACAAAUAAGAAAAAAAUUCAUGACUAUAGAAAAAAGAUCUCAUCAUUACAAGAAGAACUAGGUGCUGCUCUCAACAAGCUUGAAGAUAAUCGGUUAAAGAGUGAAAUUGCAUGCUUCAAUGCAUCUGUUCAAACUGAAAUUCUUCCAGUACAAAUAUCUGGUCAAAGCGGGAUUGUUCAGUCUUUUAAAAUUAAAGAACAAGAAGAAAAAAUUAAAAAAUUUGAAAAAGAGAAUUUAGUACUAAAGCGCAUGUGUCAAAGUCGCCUACAAACUAUCCAGGAUUUGAAAACUAAAUUAGAAAAUGUAUCUAAGCCUCAAAAAAACCAAAGGAAUGUUCUGGAAGAAGUUCAGAAUCAACAGUCUACAUAGGAUAAUCGGUCAUUUAUGUUAUGUAAAUUUGUAUUUUUCUGUAAAUAUUGGAUUGACUGUGUUUUAGUAAUUGGUGAAUGAAUUUCACCAAUUUAAUAUAGAUUUUUAUUGUGCAUUUUGAUAUAUGUUAGUAUAUAAUGUUGGACUGAAAAAUGAUAUAAUUUAUUAAGCACUAUUAUAUUUGUAAUUAUUUUUUAUGUAAAUAUUUGUAAAUUGCACUAAAUCUAUAAUUUAAUUUGAUGCAUUAGUGUCCAUGCUAUGUUAAAACUAUUCAUUGUUUUUAUUUCACAAUAAAUGUUAUAUAAUUUUAAUUAUUUAAUUCAGAGUUCCACAGAGUCAUUAAAUUAUUCCCAUAUCCAAUCU